AUGUCAAAGGUUGAGAUUAAGGAAAGCUCAAAUCAAUCUCGUGAUGCAUCCAAAGAAUCCUCCGGGGCAGUGAAGCAAAGAGAGUUCAUAUCGGUAGAUUCUGGUCAACCUUCAAAGGUUAUACUGUUGAUCGAAAAUGAACCUCAGACGACGAUGAAAGAAGAAAAGGGAAGGAUUCGUUCGGACGACAGCGAUCGAGGUGCUUCGAAUAAGGAUAAGAAAAGCGAGGCUAAAGGACGCGAAGAACAGAAUAAAGAGAAACAAGAAUCUCAUAAGAAAAGUAACAAUCAUGAACAGAAUAAGGAACGUGAAAAAGGAAACAAGGAUGAUGCAAAGAAGGAGGAACAACAGAAUCAUGUGUCAAAAGUUCAAACAUUCGAAACUAGGCCAGCCGAGCAAGCGCCAUCAAAAUUUGAAUCACAAACUUUCGCAGCAUCACUUCCACCCGGAUUUCAACCACCUGGUCAAUUUACGCAGGUACAAACGCAAAAUCCUAAUGUCACUUGGACUCAAUCACAACAAUAUCCAUUAUUCGAUCCUUCAGCGCAACUCUUGGGUGCACAAACAGGACAAUUACAACCCGCACCACCUAUGGAAACGGCACGGAGUUUAACAUUCGAAAGUGAUGCGGCUUCAAUUGCUGCGCAACAAAAUCCAAUUAUCACGCCUGCUGCAUUACAGCAAUUCGGCAAUUUUCAAGGUGUCCCAGGUCAAAACCAAGUGGCUUCAGAAAUCCCAAUAGGUCAAACUAUGCCAUCUGUAUCCGCGAGUCCGAAUUCACUACAGUGUGGUAAUGUUCCACAAGUCGAGGUGGCCACGUUGGUUCAACAACAGAAUGUACCUAAUAUUUCGUCAGUCCCUGUAACUAAUGAAAUUCCGGUUUCCAACGUUCCUAAUGGUGAAGUUCCCGUCGGUGGGGGAUACGUGGUUGGGGAAGCUAAAAUGGAUAUCGAUGGGUGA